AUGAGAUCAUUUUAUGUUAUUACAGUUAUGGUAAUCAUGCAGAAAGUGUCACUUUCAUUUUUUGGGGGGUUAGAAAGUUUAAUAAGUUACCUGCUUUUGCAGUGUAAAGAUCUGAUUAGAUGUUUCAUGGUCACAGAAUCAUAUAUACGUUCAACAUUAAAGAUUUAUUUUUCUAACUAAAAUAUGAAAACUGUUGUUGCACUGUGUGGAAGGUUACCAGAAUGAACAAAUAUUAAACUUUAAUGUUUGUUUCUGACCAUAUUACUGACACUUUACUCAAAAUGACAUUGUUUUUAUCUAAUUUCCUGUGAUGAAGCAGUUUUCUCUUGUCUGACUGGUUGGCUUCAGGUUGCCAUGAUUAGCAGCUGUCUAUAAUUAUCAAAUCAAGCCCAGGUUUGGGUUUUAGUCUUCUGAUCGGCUGCAAUAACAACUCAAGAGUGAAGAGUGAGUCAGCAAAACUCUGCUGUCACGGAGAUUACGAUGACAGUCCAGAAAUGUGUGCUCCUCUGGUGGCUUCUCAGCACUGCUGUACUUCACUCUGUAUCAGCCGGAGGUGCAUAUUGUGCUAAAACAGCGAGAGCUCGUGCAGCUGCCUUGGGUUUGACGUAUCCUGGAGUCCAUGGAGCCCCUGAUUUCUCCUCACCAGCUGUUCAUUUGUUGCCUCCUUUAACUUUUAGUUUUGAUCACCUGCCUCCAACUGAAUCUAAUAUGAACUCUUAUGAAGAUGAUCAUAAGAAAGCCCCCUCUGAUAACCCUCACGCCAGGGACUCUGGUAGGUUUCCGUUUAGCCAUGGUCCAUUCCCACAAGCCUCAAGGGGACAGAUGGCUGACCAAAUAUUCGGCGUUCCUCAAGGUCUGUUGGACAGAAAGCCUGAGUCCAGUUUGGAGGAGGUCAACCAUGUUGCCCUACCAACACUCGCCAAAGCCUCCAGCCGUCCUGACCCGAUGAAUCUGCACCCUCAAGGUCGCAGAAAGCCGUUUCUGUUCAGACGCAGCAAAAACAACCCUGCCGGUGACGAGUUUGCCCCAAAUAGACGUGGCAUGCCUUUGACUGGACAUGCCCCGCUGCUAACCUGGGGUCAUGCCGCUUACCAAAGUGGAAUUAACCCUAAAGUUCCCCUUUUGCAUUCUGCUCGCUUCCUCCAGAGACAGCGUGGCUGGGCUCCAGUGCGUGGCUUUUGGAAAGUGGUCAAGCACCCUGACCAUCUUGCUAAGAAUCUACACGGGAGAGUUGGUGUGAGGCCUCCUAUUCAAGGUAGAGCCAUCUUACAAGGCUUGGGAAAAACAAAGUAAGGUGCUCUUGAAAUGAGUGUGAAGGAAAGGGCCUGAUGUAUAGCACAGCUGUCUUGUCAGAUAGUGUCACUGUGACAUGAGUUAACAGGCAUUUUAAGGGCUGUAUGUGUGGGUGGUGGGGUAGCAUAACUUCUUCUGCAAGUGUUUAGGCACUACUGCAACUUUAUGUGCAGCCUUAUAUCUGUACAAGUUCAUGUUCUGUUGCUUUCUCAUCUGUAACUCCAAAACAAGUCAUAUCACACCUUCUCUUGAAUAUAAAAUUGUUCCAAAUUGUCAA